AUGGAUUUAAAAAGCCUUUUUGUGGUAGCCCAGUUUAUAAAGGCAAGAUGUGCCCAUGGCAUGACGGCAGGAAAGGCCAAAAAGGAUAAGAAUUAUAUUUUCUAUGAGGUGGAGAUUCAGGAUUCCAAGAAGUUGAAGCUUUGCUACUUGGACAAGGUGGAACCUAAUGCCACUAUUGGAGAGAUCAAGUGUCUAUUAUAUAAGAUCUAUCCCAAAUGGUACCCAGCCAGACAGGCUUUGUCACUUCACCCAGAUGGGGAGUCCCUGAAGGAUGAUGAGGUAUUGGAGAAUCUACCGGUGGGAACCACGGUAACAAUGUUCUUCCACGACCUGGGACCGCAGCUGGGGUGGACCAUGGUGUUUCUGGCGGAGUGCAUCGGACCUCUCUUCAUCUACCUUUUCUUCUUCCUCCAUCUCCUCAACAUCUACGAGCAGAAAGAUGACUAUACCUCCAAUCCCUGCUCAGUGGUCACGCUGGCGUGUGUGUGUCACUGUUUCCACUACUUCAGAAGGCUGUUGGAAACCAUCUUCAUCCACCGCUUCUCCGACGGCACCUUGCCGCUGCAAACCAUCAUGAGGAACUGCCUGUACUACUGGGGGUUUUCUGCUUGGUUAGCCUACUACAUCAACCACCCACUCUACACUCCACCAUCGUACGGGAAUCUCCAAGUCUACUCUGCGUUGGCGGUGUUUAUGCUCUGUGAAGCUGGAAACUUCUCAAUUCAUUUGGCUCUCAAUAACUUGGGCUGUAAUGGUCUGAGGCCCAAGCGGAUCCCUUACCCCACCAGGAACCCCUUCACAUGGCUCUUCUUCUUUGUGUCAUGUCCCAACUACACCUAUGAGGUGGGGACGUGGUUGAGUUUCUCCAUCAUGACACAGUGUGUUCCAGUGGCCCUGUUCACGUUGCUGGGCUUCAUCCAGAUGACUAUCUGGGCACAGGGAAAACAUAAGAUGUACACCACAGAGUUUACAGACUACCCUGAACUAAGAUCAGCUAUCAUCCCUUUGUUCCUUUGAGCCAGCCAGGGUUAACAACAAGAUCCUUAAUUAUACCCCUGUUCCUUAAUUAUACCCCUGUUCCUUAA